AUGUUUCUCAUAUGCGUGCCUGGAAACCUGUGCCCUCCGGAGAGCUUUGAUGCUUUGCCACCAGAUAAAUACGUCUACGAGUGGAUGCGUCUAGAUCCGAUUCCUUCUUUGCAAGAAGCCGCCUUUGAACUGCUGAAAAUAGCUACGCUAUAUGAUAACGUAAUCCUGGUCGGACAUUCGACAGGAGGGAUUAUUUGUAUGCAAGCAGCACUCUUUGACUCAACUGGAAUGAUCAAAGGUAUGGUGCUUGUGAAUACGGGGGCAAACACUAACGGUCAUAAGGAUAUUAGAAGCCAUGUGAAAGAGCUAAGCAGCCAGCCUAUCACCGACGUCUUUAUAGACCAAUAUCUUGCUGCUAGAGUGCAGAGUAUUGACUCCGUCAGUGCAAACAUCUUGGUUGCCUUCCAAGAAUACUAUAAGUCACUUAGCGAGCCUAGUAUACGUGCCGCAAAAAUGCUUCAAUCUCAAGUGGACACAGAUUUGAUACCUGAACUGAAAAGAAUCAAGAUUCCUGUUCUUAUUGUCCACGGUAUUCUUGACAAGGUGCGUCCAGUGCGUUUUGCAGAAGAGAUACAUAGCCAUCUUUCUAACUCAAGCCUCCGGACUUUGCCUUGUGGUCAUUGUCCCAACAUAGAGAUGCCUAGUAAGUUUGCCCAGGAAGUGUUAGAAUAUGUCUCCAAGUUGAGCGACAGGAAUGUGAUGUAG